AUGGCCCGUAGUGAUGAAGCGGAGUGGUGGUUCAAUGCCGUUUACGCAGCAGUCCAGCAAGUCCCUAGGGGACGUGUUACAAGCUACGGUCAUAUUGCUCGUUUGCUAGGAAGGUCCGAACGUCCUCGACAGGUCGGCGUCUGUCUAAAGCAUCUACCGUCUUCCUCAGCAAACACAAAUCAUCAUUUCCACGAUGCUAACGUUCCAUGGCAACGAGUCAUCAACGCCAAAGGUAUCAUAUCACCAAGAGGUCCAGGCGGUGCUACGAGACAAGCGGCGUUCCUAGGGCGAGAAGGAGUCACUGUUGGAACUGGCGAUCUAGGAGAACUAACGGUAGAUCUGAGCGCAUAUGGGUGGUUUCCUCAGUUCCUAACGAGCGACGGGGCUGAGGCUAGUGAGUCAGAAGAAGAAGAGGGCAGUGGCUGA